GAAUUUUUGAAUUUAAUUUUUAUGAUUAUAUUUUCUAAUUAUUUUUUUAACUUUAUUGUCAAAUAAAAAAUACGAAAUGAAUCAUAUAAGAAAUGUGUUUUCAAAUCUAGUUUUACAGAAAAAUAUAUCGACAAAAUUACUGAUGCCUCUGAAAUCUGUGUAAGGAAAUGUCCACAAAGGAGGUGACUUUUAAAUUCAAACAUGAUAAAUCAUUGUAAGCUGUGAAUAUAGAGCAUGGGAUAUCCACGAGUACAAAACAAGAGAAUCUGUAUGCCAUUAUGCAGUAAAACUAGACAAUGUUCCACAACAAAUAUGAAUUCUGAAGAUGCUUCAAGGAUGCAUUUAGAAAAAAGUGUCAAUCAUGUUACUCUAUUAGGAAGAGUUGGUAUCGAUCCGCAGCUCAGAGGCACAGAAACGAAGCCUGUUGUUGUGUUCACUUUAGCAACAAAUACAAAUUAUAAAUAUGAAACAGGUGAAAUUAAACAAAAGACUGACUGGCACAGAAUUACCGUUUUCAAAAAUUCUUUACGAGAUACUGUGCUGGAAUAUUUGAGAAAAGGAAGUAGAGUAUAUGUUGAAGGAAGAAUUGUCUAUAGUGAAUAUAAUGACAAUAGAGGAACCACAUUUUCAUCAACAUCUAUUGUUGCAAAUGAUGUUGUAUUUCUGGGAAACCCCCCGAGAGUUGAGCUGGAAGCAGACACUGAAGAAACUAGUUGAACAAAUAAAACUUUAAAACAAAAUAUAUUGUAAAAUAUAAUCACUGUAUAAAUAAAUCCAUUUUUAAUUUA